AUGGCCGCCUCAAUACUACAAAGGUUCUUAAUGCCGUCCAUACGGUCAACAACCUCAAUCUCUACCCCUCGUCCUACUACACAAUCCAUCACGAAUCAGCUCAAAUCAAUCACAGUCUCCUCAUCGCGGACAUUCUCCUCAACCCCCUCCCACGCCGCAACAUACAACCAAGUCCGUCGCGGCUGCCGCACUGCACAAGCUAUGCGUAAAUCUGUUUCACCUGCCUUGUCGACAGUCCAGGCUCCAGCACUAAAGGGUGUGGCAUUGAAAGUCGGAAUCACCAAGCCAAAGAAACCCAACUCGGCAGAACGUAAAACGGCUAGGGUUAGAUUGAGUACGGGAAGAGUGGUUACAUGUUAUAUUCCGGGUGAAGGACAUAACGUGCAACAGCAUAGUGUGGUAUUGGUCAGAGGAGGAAGGAGUCAAGAUUGUCCGGGUGUGAGAUAUCAUUUGGUUAGAGGAGCGGGAGAUUUGGGAGGUGUAGGAAAUAGAGCAACAUCACGGUCGAAAUAUGGAACGAAGAAACCAAAGAAGGCGACUGCAUGA